AUGCCCGCGGAUUCGAAUCUGAUAGUAGCGGGGGAGGCGGCGAAGAAGAGUCUGUUCCAAAGUCUCCCGGAGAGAUCUAAACAUGAGGACUUCAUACGCCGGGCGGUGGAUUUGUUGGUGGAGAGAGUGGUGUUCGGAAGGUCGCAGAGAUCGUCGAAGGUUGUGGAGUGGGCAGCUCCCGAGGAAAUAAAAUCCGUUAUCGAUUUGAAACCGAGAGAAGGGCCCGUCACUCAUGAUGAACUCUUGGCAAUAAUGGCGGACGUCGCACGCUACUCGGUCAACACCGGCCACCCUUACUUCGUCAACCAGCUUUUCUCCACGGUCGACCCUUACGGGCUGAUUGGGCAGUGGCUGACGGAUUCGUUGAACCCCAGCGUGUACACGUACGAAGUGGCUCCGGUGUUCACGUUGAUGGAGGAGGAGGUGCUGAGGGAGAUGCGGGCCAUCGUCGGUUGGCCGGGCGGCCAGGGCGACGGUAUCUUCUGCCCCGGCGGCUCCAUAGCAAACGGGUACGCCAUCAGCUGCGCCAGACACCACUUCUAUCCGGAAGUUAAGAGCAAAGGUGUGUACGCCGUACCAAGGUUAGUGCUAUUCACUUCGGAGCUCGCGCACUACUCGACGAAGAAGAUGGCGUCGUUUAUGGGAGUCGGCAGCGAUAAUUGUGUUCUGGUGAAAGCGGACGAGCUGGGGAAGAUGGAUGUAGAAGAUUUGGAGGCCAAAAUCAACGAAGCAUUGGACGAGGGGGCUACACCUUUCAUGGUUACAGCAACAGCCGGCACAACGGUGUUUGGUGCGUUCGACCCUUUAGUGACGAUAUCAACGCUGUGCAAGAAAUACAAUAUAUGGCUACACGUGGACGCCGCGUGGGGCGGCGGCGCUUUGAUGUCAAAGAAACACAAACAUCUAUUGAAUGGGAUAGAACUAGCUGACUCAGUUACAUGGAAUCCGCACAAACUGCUGGCGGCUCCGCAGCAGUGUUCUACCUUCUUAGUCAGGCAUGAGAAUGUCCUAAAAGACGGACACUCGUCGAAUGCGAAGUAUCUGUUCCAGAAGGACAAGUUCUACGACACUACAUACGACACUGGGGACAAACAUAUACAAUGCGGUAGGCGUGCCGACGUCCUCAAGUUUUGGUUCAUGUGGAAGGCGAAGGGCAGCGAAGGCUUCGAGAAGCACAUCGACAAACUCUUCGACAACGCGAAUUUCUUUCUGGAGCACAUUAAGCAAAGGAGCGGCUUUAAGCUAGUGCUUGAACAGCCGGAAUGUACCAACAUCAUGUUCUGGUACGUGCCUAAUUGUCUCCGCGGACGUGAGAACGACCCAAAUUAUAAAGAAAGGCUUCAUAAGGUCGCCCCGAAAAUAAAGGAGCGAAUGAUCAAGGAAGGCAGUAUGAUGGUCACGUAUCAGCCGCAAGGUAACCUCGUUAACUUUUUCCGCAUUGUUUUCCAAAACUCCGCUCUAGACUACAAGGAUAUGGUCUAUUUUGCUGACCAGUUUGAAAGGCUCGGGUCGAACAUUGUUGUG